AUGCCUUUCGCGAAGCGGAUCGUGGAGCCGCAGUGGCUGUGCCGGCAGCGACGCCCGGCGCCUGACCCGGCGGAGGACGCGAACAGAGGCAGCGCUGAACCGCCGCCGCCGCCGCCCCUGCAGCUGCCCGGCCGACGGGACGAGGCCGUGGCGCCGGGGCCGGAGGAUCCUCCCCGCGCGCCCCGCGCGCUGCCCGCGCCGACCGACCAGGCGCUGCCGCCGCACGGAGAGGCGCCCGCGGCGGGCGAGGAGAGCGCGGCAGGGGGCUUGGAGGCGGCGUCAGCGGCCGGCGAGGCGUCCUCGGCGGCGGCCGCGGCCGUGCUGCUCAUGCUGGACCUGUGCGCGGUCAGCAACGCGGCGCUGGCCCGCGUCCUCCGGCAGCUCUCGGACGUGGCCCGGCACGCGUGCAGCCUCUUCCAGGAGCUCGAGAGCGACAUCCAGCUCACUCACCGUCGCGUCUGGGCGCUGCAGGGCAAGCUCGGCGGCGUGCAGCGCGUGCUCGGCACGCUGGACCCCAAGCAGGAGGCAGUGCCCGUCUCCAACCUGGACAUCGAGAGCAAGCUGAGCGUGUACUACCGUGCACCGUGGCACCAGCAGAGAAACAUCUUCCUCCCGGCCACCAGGCCGCCCUGCGUGGAGGAGCUGCACCGCCACGCCCGGCAGAGCCUGCAAGCCCUGCGCAGAGAACACCGGAGCCGGAGCGAUCGCCGGGAGCAGAGAGCUGCUGUACCCCUUUCCAUAGUAGCUCCUCCACUGCCCGCCUACCCCCCAGCUCACAGCCAGAGAAGACGCGAACUUAAGGACCGGCACUUCUUAACGUUUAACAGCACCCGUUCGCCCUCCCCCACUGAAUGUUGCCACAUGACCCCAUGGAGUAGAAAGUCCCAUCCCCCGGAGGACGAAGAUACAGAUGUCAUGCUAGGGCAGAGGCCGAAAAACCCAGUACACAAUAUCCCUUCAACACUGGACAAGCAGACCAACUGGCGCAAAGCACUACCUCUCCCGACGCCGGAGGAGAAGAUGAAACAAGAUGCCCAAGUGAUUUCUUCUUGCAUUAUUCCCAUCAAUGUCACUGGAGUUGGUUUUGACAGAGAGGCUAGUAUACGCUGCUCUCUUGUUCAUUCACAAUCCGUACUACAGCGGAGACGAAAACUGAGGAGGAGGAAAACCAUCUCGGGUAUCCCCAGAAGAGUCCAACAAGAAAUAGAUUCUGAUGAAUCGCCCGUGGCCAGGGAAAGGAAUGUGAUUGUGCACACAAAUCCAGAUCCUUCCAACGCUGUCAAUAGGAGGUCUGGAACCAGGGACUCGGAGUGCCAAACUGAGGAUAUUCUGAUCGCUGCUCCAUCCAGAAGGAGAAUCAGAGCUCAGAGGGGUCAAAGCAUUGCAGCUUCCCUUUCUCAUUCUGCUGGCAACAUUUCUGCAUUGGCAGACAAAGGCGACACCACGUUUACUCCUGCAGUGAGCAGCCGCACAAGAUCUCGGAGCCUUCCCAGGGAGGGCAACAGAGGUGGGGACGCUGAGCCCAAAGUUGCUGUUAAACCCUCAGCAUAUGAAGAGGGGGAGCCUUUCGUGGGAGACCAAGAAAGAACCCUUAACGAUUGCAGUGACGCCCCCAGCAGCCCGAGUGCACAGGAGCACCAGCCUGCUUUGAGCCUGGCCUGUUCUCAACAUCUUCACAGCCCCCAGCACAAGUUAAGUGAGAGAGGGAGGUCCCGUCUGUCCCGGAUGGCUGCCGACUCUGGCAGCUGUGACAUCUCCUCCAACUCGGACACCUUCGGGAGCCCCAUCCACUGCAUCGCUACGGCUGGCGUCCUCCUCAGCAGCCACCUGGACCAGAAAGAUGACCACCAGUCGUCCAGUGGCAACUGGAGUGGGAGCAGCUCCACAUGCCCCUCACAGACCUCAGAGACGAUCCCUCCCGCAGCUUCUCCUCCCCUCACUGGCUCUUCACACUGUGACUCGGAGUUGUCACUAAACACAGCCCCUCACGCUAAUGAGGACGCCAGUGUCUUCGUGACAGAGCAGUACGACCACCUGGAUAAAGUGAGGGGUCACCGAGCAAACUCCUUUACCUCCACUGUGGCAGAUCUGCUGGAUGACCCCAACAAUAGCAACACGAGUGACAGCGAGUGGAAUUACCUACACCACCAUCACGAUGCCUCCUGCCGCCAGGAUUUUAGUCCUGAGCGUCCCAAGGCAGACAGCCUGGGCUGCCCAAGCUUCACAAGCAUGGCCACUUACGACAGCUUUCUGGAAAAGUCUCCAUCGGACAAAGCAGACACUAGCUCUCACUUUUCGGUGGACACAGAAGGAUACUACACCUCCAUGCACUUUGACUGUGGUCUCAAAGGUAGUAAGAGUUAUGUCUGUCACUAUGCAGCCCUGGGCCCAGAGAAUGGCCAGGGUGUCGGGGUUCCUCCUACUCUUCCAGACUGUGCCUGGCAGGACUACUUAGACCACAGGAGACAGGGGAGACCAAGCAUCUCUUUCCGGAAACCAAAGGCAAAGCCGACUCCACCUAAACGUAGCUCAUCAUUGAGGAAGUCUGAUGGAAAUGCAGACAUUUCUGAGAAGAAAGAACCAAAGAUAAGCAGUGGCCAGCUCCUGCCUCACAGUUCCAGGGAAAUGAAGCUGCCUCUUGAUUUCUCCAACACGCCUUCUCGAAUGGAAAAUGCCAAUUUGCCCACCAAGCAGGAACCUUCUUGGAUGAACCAGAGUGAACAUGGCAUUAAGGAACCUCAGUUAGACACUCCAGAUGUUCCACCAUUCAAAGAUGAAGGUGCUGAAUCAACUCACUAUGCAGACCUCUGGCUUCUAAAUGACUUGAAAACAAAUGAUCCUUACAGAUCUUUAUCUAAUUCAAGCACUGCUACGGGUACCACAGUUAUCGAAUGCAUCAAAUCUCCAGAGAGCUCUGAAUCCCAAACAUCCCAGUCAGAAUCUAGAGCCACCACCCCCUCCCUUCCUUCUGUUGACAAUGAGUUUAAACUGGCUUCACCAGAAAAGCUGGCUGGCUUGGCAUCUCCAUCAAGCGGCUACUCAAGCCAGUCUGAAACGCCAACGUCCUCUUUCCCUACAGCUUUCUUUUCUGGCCCAUUGUCUCCUGGAGGUAGCAAAAGAAAACCAAAAGUCCCAGAAAGGAAAUCCUCACUACAGCAACCCUCUUUAAAAGAUGGAGUUCUAUCACUGGGUAAAGACCUUGAACUUCCAAUUAUACCUCCUACCCAUCUUGACCUAAGUGCUCUUCAUAAUGUCUUAAAUAAACCAUUCCACCACCGUCACCCAUUGCAUGUUUUCAGUCAUAAUAAGCAAAACGCAGUAGGAGAAACCCUGAGGUCAAAUCCUCCACCGUCUCUUGCAAUUACACCAACAGUCCUGAAAUCUGUUAACCUUAGGUCCAUCAGUAGGUCUGAAGAAGUUAAGCAAAAAGAAGGCAACAAUACAGAGCUCCCCUUAGAGGAAAGCACUCUCACCAUGGCUGCCCUGUCUCCAGGUAAGAUUAGGCCACAUAUGACUAAGAAAUCACUAUCAUGUCAGUACUCCACUGAAGAUAGCAUAUUGUCCUUUUUAGACUCCUCUGCAGUUGAGAUGGAACCAGAUAAACUACAAUUAGAAAAAACCCGUUCUUUUGAUGUGAAGAAUCACUGUGAUCCAGAAACAGUAACCUCAGCUGGUACCAAUCUUCUAGAUUCAAGGGUCACAAAAGACCAAAUACAUAUGGAGAGUGAGCCUAUUCCAGAAAACACACCAAGUAAAAGUUGUGACUUUCCCACAGAAGGAUUUCAGAGGGUCUCUGCUGCUCGCCCAAAUGAUUUGGAUGGUAAAAUACUACAGUGUGGAGCUGGUCCAGAUGGUGCCCUAGCGCAGGUCCAGAAAGUAUCUUCUGUAGAUCGGGAGGAAGCUGCAUACCCUGAGUCUGUGGACGUGCUCACAUCUCAGUCAAACUCACCAACUAGAGUCACAGACAUAAGCAAUCAACUUAAGCAUCAACUUGGGAUGAGCCGCCACCAUGACAAAGUGCCUGGGAAUAUCAGCUAUGAAGCAGAGAUAUCAACUGUAAAUCCAUGCCCUGAAAAAUGUUCUGAGCAGGAAAAAGUUGCUUCAGGUAUUUCAGCCAAAAGUGCCUCUGAUAACAGCGGAGCAGAGGAGACCCAAGGAAGUGUGGAUGAGGUUUCACUGAAAGAAUCGUCACCGAGUGAUGACUCUGUGAUUUCACCACUAAGUGAAGACUCUCAGGCUGAAGCAGAAAGUGUGUUUGUGUCUCCAAAUAAACCUCGAACAACGGAGGAUUUAUUUGCAGUCAUUCACAGGUCCAAGAGGAAAGUACUUGGAAGAAAAGAUUCUGGGGACAUGUCUGUUCGAAGUAAAUCUAGAGCUUCCCUGGGCAGCAGUAGCAGCAACAGUGCUGGUUCUGUCACCUCAACCAACAGCAAUGUGACCACCCCAAACAGCCAGAGGUCUCCUGGCCUCAUCUACCGAAAUGCCAAAAAGUCCAACACAUCGAAUGAAGAGUUUAAGCUAUUACUCCUCAAGAAAGGCAGUCGCUCAGAUUCCAGUUACCGUAUGUCUGCUACUGAGAUCCUGAAGAGUCCCAUCCUGCCCAAACCUCCUGGGGAACUCACAGCCGAGUCCCCCCAAAGCACCCAUGAGGCCCAUCAGGGGACACCGGGAACUGAAGCGCUGUCCCCCCUCUCUCCAUGCUCCCCACGGGUUAAUGCAGAAGGGUUAUCCUCAAAGAACUUUGCCACCCCGGCAUCGGCAAGGGUUGGACGUUCCCGGGCUCCCCCUGCGGCCAGCAGCAGCCGCUACAGUGUCCGCUGCAGGCUGUACAACGCGCCCAUGCAGGCCAUCUCCGAAGGCGAGACAGAAAAUUCCGAUGGGAGCCCACAUGAUGACCGAUCCUCCCAGAGCUCAACAUAGGUGGUCCAUGCCAGGCUGGCUGUCAAAGGCCAAAACCUUAGUCAUAUGAGGAUGGAGGAACAGAACGGAAGAGUGGGGAGAAGUCAGCACAUGGUGGGGUACCAUCACGCUUACCAAUGAGUUCCUAAGUGUUUGCUGGGGAAACGGAAGGUGGUUUGGUCUGUCUUGAUUAUUUUCCAUAUUUUUAAGUAGCUGCACUGUCUUUCAUAUGUUUCUUUAGGGUAGUUUGAUUUACCCAAUCUCAUUCCUUUUGAUAAUAGAGAAUUUGGAAAUGUCUGCUUUUCAUGAAACCUAGAAAAAGUUUUCCCAGAGCUGCCUAUUCAGAAAACAAAGCCCUCACUGUCAUAAUUCUUAAGAAGAUGAAAUACUCUGGAGGUUUGGUAUAUUUUUACAUUAAAAUGAACUAAAGCAAAAUUUAGAAGAACUACACACAUGUAAAUACCAUAUUUUUGAUAAAAAUGUGUAAAUAGAUUUAUGGAUGACGAGUGGACAUGUGGCCAAUUAUCUACCACACCAACUGCUUAUAGAACACAACAAAUAAAGUGUAAUAAUUGUAUUCUGUGAAUACCAUUUUCGUAUCAAAUACCAUAUUUAAAUGUCCACCAAUACGAUUUCUGAGUGAUAAACCUCAAAAUAUGAAUUUUAAACUGGUGAAAUAAAGGAAAUCUCGAGGUCAUAUAGUGAAAUGUGAUUAAUUUAAAAUAAUGAAUUCAGACUUAACCAUUUUUGUGACAAACUGCAGCACCAAACAAACUACUGGUAACACGUGGCUGUGAUUUGCCAUGUGGUAAUUUGGACAGAAUGAAAAGCAUGCUUUUGAUUUAAAAAAAAAAAAAUCAGUGAGAGAAAUCAUCAUUCUCAACAUAAAGCCCUGAACAACAGCACUUGACAGUAUCCUUUAAACUUCAAUUUUUCAGUGGAUUGCUUUAAAGAGAAUGAGUAGGGAAAACAGUAGUUAAUUUUAGGUUAUGUUUUAUAUUACACUACUGGGGACAUACACAGUCCUAAUCUGAGGAAUAUAAUCUUUAAACUCCUUAAACAGCUUAGCAAUUAGCUCCAGGUUCCUUAACGAACGAAAAUAAAACAUAAGCAUGCCACAGAGCUGUUGA